GUGUGAUGAGCCCCGAAGUGGAGAUGGGCGGUCAGAUCCACCAGCGGACCCAGUCGAUGGACUCGAUGAGCUCCGGGCACAGCUCCGGCUCCAGCUCCGGGCUCAGCUCACACCUGGACUGCUCCUACGUGAGCGUCAACGCCAGACGAAGAGGCAUCACCGUCAAACCCCUCGACGAGCCAGAGGAAGAGAACUCCACCUUUUUCAGGAAUGAAAGAGAAACUCCUAUUGAGCGAGAAAUUCGAUUGGCCAGAGAAAGGGAAGAGGAAUUGCGAAGAGAGAAAAAUAACAAUAUGAACAAUAUUAUAAAAUCCAAUGAGAAUCCGCCCACUCAUCAGCAAAAUAAAACCAUGAACUCUACAAACUUUAGUAGCCGAAAUAGUAUAAACGUAGAGCAAGAAUUACUCAUCAUUAAAGCAGAAGAAAAUAUUGAUGUUCAAUCCAAG